CGCGACGCUCGCACUUUUGACCGCCUGCGGGUAUGAGACUGGACAACUCCCACUCUGCCCCUUCAUCUGUCAUGCAAAAACACACAAUGUAGUCAGCACAGCUCCAGCUGUCACUUGGCCAUAUUUGUAUUUUCAUUUUGGGACUGUUUGCAUGACAGGUUCCAGCAGCCAAAUCAGUACGAUACUGCUGCCAGGCAGAAAGAACUGCAUCUUUGCUGGCACUUCUGCCGCUACUGUUGCCCUCCAAAUGAGGGGAAGGGGGACGAGUUGUGCGAUCUCAUAACGGGCGGCGGCGGGCUAUAAGCUGACCGCGAAGGGACGCGUUUUUCGCGUCGAUGCCACUGCGGUCCGGCGGAAAUUCGCGAUCGGCGAAAAGGUGGUCGCUCUAGUUCCUGAGGAGCGUCGGUGGGCACCGUGUCGGGUGAAAGAGGUUGCGAAGGAGCAUUACGGCGACACGAAGCAACGCCUUUCAGAAUUGCUGCAGGAUGGAGCUGCAAGUCCAGGGAAACGACGUGGCCGAGUGAGUCAGGCGUGGAUGCAACCAGCUACAAGGGCGCACCAGAAAUUCUUGGCCAUGUCUUCCGGUAAAAAUUACGCUCCGGAGACUACGUUUUCCUUAUGGGAAGGCAAUGGCAAACCUUCAUCGCUCGGCCUGCACUUCGGGCGGGGAUGGAAAGUGGACCGACUGGAUAUUGGGAAGCAGGCCGACUUGAAGGGUGUCCAGGUAGGUUGGAAACUGCUGGAGUUUGAAAACGAACCGGUGAACGGAAACCAAGGCCGAUCUUUGAGCCGCACUUUCACAAUAUCCAACAGAAACCAGCCGCACGAGCACACGGAUCAUUCGAGGACCAGAAAAAUAUGCAUUUGUGUUGCUUCUAUUAAAGUCCUGUUGUAUUAUACUGAUGUGAUGCAGCGGAGACCGGAAGAGAAGCUCUCUUCUGUUUUUCGGAGCGCAUUUUUUAUUCGGAGUGCUUACGUAGUUUGAAUAGAUAACGAGUAGACAGGCACGACCAGGAAAAAAAAAAUGUCAUGCUGAUGGCGAACAGCCCCAGCCAAAGACAGCGCCAACAUUCGAGACAGGUAUUAAAAGCAUAGGCCGCGGCAAGCUCAAGCGCAACGCAAACUGAUUUAUGUUAAGUAUAUUUUUCCGGUAACAUGUUCCGUCGGUGUGCGUUUCUGUCCAAUACACGGGCACAGGCUCCACCUUCGACCUACGUAAUGCGUUGGACGAAGCCCGCGCCGACAACAAGCAAACGAUCACCCUCAGGUGGCAAACUCCAGCAGAGGAAGGCAAUCCGGAGCCUGGCGCGGAUACAAACCUGCUGUCCUCCAGCAGCAGUGCUUCUUCCUCGGCAGACGGUUCGCGAAACCACUCAAAAGAAUCGACGACCAAGCGAAGGACCUCAAAACCUUUGGCCUUGGAAGACAUAGUCCAGGCGGACGAUGGGCACCAGCCCGCCUGGAGGAGCCCGCAGCGCCGCAGCAGCGGUGGCCGCCGCAGAACCAGCUCUAAUGUUACUGGGAAUGUGGCCAUGGCUAUGGCACCACAAGAAGGCGGGGAGGACGGCGAAAGGAGAAGACCGCUGAGCCCGCGCAAGCAGGCGCAGAGCGGCACGCUCCUGGAUCCAGAACAUCGAAAAAGCAGGAAAAUUGACACUGGUAUGUUUGGCGAGCGACUGCUGCUCCUGCCCAUGGAAGUAGAUGAAGUAGAUGAAGACGAGAACGAUAGGCAGCUUUUGCAGCGAUCCUUUUGGGUGGACCCGAAAGAGCAGCAGGUUUUGCCGCUGGACGUCGCUGAGUCCACUUCUUAUCAGUACACAAGCAAGCGCCGCACGUUGGCUCUUGCAAUCGAAGACCGAAACCGCUUUGCUCCACCCACGGAGGGCCUAGUCGAGAGCGCGCGUGGCUCCAUUACCAGCGGCGUGUUGUCCCCCCGUAGUAAUAUGGGCUACAGCGCCACGGAUCACGGACCUUUUCCAUUGGUGAUAAGAACGACCGGCGAGGAUGAGACCCCGCCCAGAUCAGAGCCAAGUUCCUGCGACCCAGACGAAAGUGACGGCAACGACGCGGGCGCUCUCGGCGAGGACCCAGGACGCAGACAAAACAAACCCAUCCACCUCGCUCUCAAAGACAAGACAGACGCAUGUGGCAGUCAGGGCGAAGCAAUCUUUGAAGUUUAAGCUGCAAGAAGGACAAGGACCAAUCUACGGGAGAGCGAUUGCAAUCAGUACUAUGAAAUUGUCUGGAAUGCUUUGCGUCGUGUCGGACGUACUACAAUGAACCCGCCGAAGAACGUCUUUGAUAUUCCAGUAGAUGUAGAAGAAAGUGAUAGAUUUUGGUAAGUAGUAAUGCUGGUGCACUUUUAUUUCAAGUGCAAGCACUUGCUGGUACUAGUACGAAAUGAUUUUGCAAUUGAAGAUGAAGCUGUACAGUUAACAUUUGAACAAGCACACCGAGGACGCGGAUGGCGUUUCCGAAUUCUUGAAUUUUGCAUAGAGAGAGAACCUGGAAAAAAUGAAAAAAAUGUCUUCGCGACACGGAGCGACAGAAUGAAACAUGGGGCAUCAACCCAGACCCGUUAGGCCUUUGCAUAAUUUUCUUCGUGAAAGAUUAAGGACGCAAUAGUUAAAACAGCGCCAGAGGCAAGAACCAUUGAGAUAAAAAUAAACGAUAUGGUGCAAGAACACAAUAUCAAUAUUUGAGUGCAACGAAAAGGAAAACUGUACGUACUUGGAUAGAUGCUGUCCAAAGAAAUAGAAAAAGCUGAUAGAUGAUGCAUGAUUCUGGUAUAAAUCGACGCGACACCGCCUCCGAUUUGAAAAAGCUAGAACCGUCCGAGGAAACUGUCUGCAAAAUAAAACCCCGAUGUACAACUUUUGCAAAACGCAUAGAUACGAGGUAAAGAACUCAAACCGAACAAUAGCCACGUGCAACGGCAACUCUUCACAGAUACUGCUUUAUUACGAUUCCAAGAAUGUUUGAUGAAGGACAGUAAAUGUAUAAAGACCGAAGACGAACUAUGAUAUAUUAAUUAU